GGCAGUUGUGUUUUGGCUCAUGUGGUAUGUGCGGCGGCACCGCUCCUGAAUCUUAUUACUGAUUAUCGCGAACAACAGCACAGCUGCACUCUUAGUCGUAAAAGCAGAAGGAACUUCUUUAUGGAAUUAGAUCAUCUGAGAGAGACCAAGGGGAAUAACAUCCCGGCUGAAGAAAAGUCCUGCAAGUGAGUCGUCCUGGAGGUCGUCCUUAGGAUGUCCUGACCAAUGAGACUCUUGAUCUACUUCGGGCCCUCUUCUGGAGUUCUUCACACGUGACUUCAUGACAACUGAUCGUCACACAGACAUACACUAACAAUGGGUGACUGGAAGAAAACGUUCAUAGAGGCAGAGCAAGAGAGAGGAGGGGAGGCGGGACUACAGAAUGCAGAACCAGUGAGAAUACAGGUCAUCCAUUACGUCACAGUCUGUCUCUUCUGCACUGGGACCAUUCUGAUGAUAUCGGCGCUAUGUGGGAUUCUUACUCUGACAGGAGGCUGGUGGGCGGUUGUCUCGGGUGGGUGUGUGGGCGUGGAGGCCGUAUUAGCUGGAGCCGUGGUUACCUGGCUGGGGCGGGGUCUUUCCAACACCGCCAUCGCUCAAGGGUAUCUAGUGGUGGGACUUCUCUCCGUCGUCUCCUGCGUAGCCCAGAUUGUCAUUCUGAUCCUUCUGGCUGUCCUUGCACCCAAGUUAUACGCCUCGCCACGCCUUCCUAUCACCAGCAGCCAAGAGAGCAUGUGGGCGUGGGUUCAGUUUCUGGGAGGAGCGCAAGGUGCCAUGGCUGUCCUCUUGGGCGGGAUGGUCGGUGGCGCCAUCGUCGUCACCUCCUGUUGCUGUAAGACGCCGAGGGACAACGUCGUGGGCGUCUAUCGUCCUAGGUGACCCGCGGCGAACGCCACGUCGCGUCCCCUGGCGUCGUGCGCGUGUAGCCCCUCUCUGAUUCUGGCCGCAUCGUCAUCGUCACCGCAGCGUCAACUCAGCUCCCUCAGCGCCAUCUUCUCGCCAUCUACUUCAUUCUGUCACCACCAGAGUGAGGAGACCCACCACAGUGGCGGGCACCCUCACCUAAAUCACCAUCAUUUCUGCUCUUCUUCGACAGCAUCCAAUGCAGGUCCUUCCGCUGCAUUCCGUCCGAACCGUUCGUCUUCGUCUCUUUCGUCUCAGGGUCCAGCGGUAACCUCGUCGUGCCAUCCGUCGGACGUUCAGCACCAAAGUCUCACGCUCGAUUCUGAGACGCAAGAAAAGCAUAACGCGGAUUGCAUAAGCAAAGUGAUUGUGAGAUAGGGACCAUAUAAAGAACCAGCUCAUUUAAAGAAAAAAAAUAAACAAAAGGCUAAAAAGAAAGAAGAGGAAAACAGGAAAUAGCAAACACCAGUGGCAGACUAUAAUGCAUUCUUUUUAUUACAAAAUAAUAUCCCGGAAAAAAAAUGCAAAAAAAAGUUAUAUUAAAUACAUACAUAUAUCUUGGACCGUAAUUUAGCAAACAAACAUUCUUAUUUAGGUAAAUCAAUCAUGCCAUUACUUAACCUUCUCUGGAAGAAAAAAAUUAUUCAACGUGAUAAAUAAUUCAACUUUUCCUACAUUUUCCGAGUAAACAUAUGAAAAUUAAGAUUUUAAAAUCUUUCUCCCGCAGAAAAUAAAUAUUUCUUUCAGAAGCACUGAGUCAAUAAAACAAUAAAACAAGAGCAAACUCGAAUGAAUCGACGGCGAGAUGCUUCUUGGAGGAGUGAGAGAAGACACUAAGAUAAAAAUUGACUGAAGACGCUUCAACGUUGCUGUCGGACCCUCAAAACGACCGAAGGCUGAUAUGAUAUUAAUGGAGGAAAGGAGAAGUGUUAUGUAAACCACAUUUGUCUGACGGUCACCCAAAGGAAUGAAGGCAACGAGGUAUUAAUAUUUUGUGGACAAAAAAAAAGAGGGAAGUCAGUGUUUUCCGCUAAUUCCUUCAAAUAUACAGGCGUUCAUAUC